GUUUGCAUGUUGUUUGAGGCUGCAUGUUGUUUGCAUGUUGUUUGAGGCUGCAUGUUGUUUGCAUGUUGCUUGAGGCUGCAUGUUGUUUGAGGUUGCAUGUUGUUUGCAUGUUGUUUGAGGCUGCAUGUUGCUUGAGGCUGCAUGUUGUUUGAGGCUGCAUGUUGCUUGAGGCUCCUGUCAAACCAGGUUGUUCCCUGUUUUUCUGUGGACAGUAUUUUUUGUUUGUUUAAUUAUUUAAUCUGAAAGUACCAUUGGUAGUCAACAUUGCACUGAAUUAUCAAUGGUAGCAGAUUAGUGUUGCGUUAGACUUCCUUUAAUCAAAACAGCUGACCAGAUCCUUCCUGGAGGCAUUGCUCAGAUCCUUUAUUUUUCUGUUGUUGUUCACUUCAGCUGCAUUCUUUAACAGCUAUUUAAGAAGAACCACGCAAGGGCUACCACUUGUAAAAUUCCUAAAUCCACUGAAGGCAGAACCACAAUGAGUGAGCUGGAUUAUUACGAAUACAAUUACACAAAUGACACUGAUUAUUUGCCUGAUUAUGAACUGGAUACAAGCGUCAGUUACCCUGUGGAAGUUUUAUCUAUGGUCCUUUACAGCAUAACCUUUGUCCUCGGGGUCCCAGGCAAUGGCAUUGUUAUCUGGAUAACUGGGCUGAAGAUGAAAAGGACAGUCAACACAACCUGGUUUUUGAAUUUGGCCAUUGCUGACUUCAUCUGUUGCCUGUCUUUACCCUUCUCUGUAGUCAACAUUGCACUGAAUUAUCACUGGCCAUAUGGCAAUGCUCUCUGUAAAGUUAUUCCUUCAGCGAUUGUUUUGAAUAUGUUUGCAAGUGUCUUCAUACUUACACUGGUCAGUGUUGAUAGGUGCACUCUUGUCACUAAACCAGUGUGGUCCCAAAACAACAGAACUGUCUGGCUGGCUAAUUUACUUUGUGGCACUGUUUGGCUGUUGGCACUGAUUAUGUGUUUACCUACUUUAAUCUAUAGAGAAAUCUGGUUGGAGAACAACAUAACCAUAUGCAAUUAUGGUGACCAUGAAGACACUGUGGGAAUUGAAAGGGUAUUGCACAGCACCAGGCUCAUAUUUGGAUUCUUCAUCCCCUUUAUCACCAUCACAACAUGUUACUCUCUGAUAACGCUGAAAGUAAGACGCAGUCAGUUUUCCAAAUCCAGUAAGACGUUAAAAAUCAUUCUAGCAGUUAUAGUUUCUUUUUUUAUUUGCUGGAUACCUUAUCAUGUCAUUGGAGUUUUACAUUCAUUUGCAGCUCCAAUGUCUGACCUGGCAAACACUGUUCAAAUUCUUGACCCACUGGUAAUUUGUCUUGCCUACAUCAACAGUUGCCUUAACCCUCUUCUCUAUGUGUUCAUGGGACAGGAUUUCAAGGAUAAAAUUAGGACAUCACUCAGAAAUAUACUGGAAAGUGCCUUCAGUGAAGACGUAACUCGCUCAACUUUGCAUUCCAAAGCAAGGUCUUCAAGAGAUGAAACAGCCACUUGAAGCUUACUUGAUAAAACCUUGACCUUUUGGUUGCCAAUGCCAACUGCAUGACAAAAGGAGAUUGCUGCAUUCAAAUUGUAAUUAACAGUGAACCUUUUUGUGAAGUUAAACAUACCAAUUAUCUUUCAGUGCCUAGCUAUUAAGGCUGUUUCAUUCUCAUCCUUUAAAAAUAAACUCAAGAUUAGAUGAAGAAAAAAAACAACAGCAGCCUUAGUAGAAGACAGGUUGAAAUUAAUCUGAGAAGAAAAAUAAGUCCAGAAAUUGCAUAACCAGGACCUCUUAAUGGAAUUAUGUACGGUUGGGUGUACGUUAUUCCUUAAAUUAGAACUGGUCACUGAAAUAAGCAGAAGGGCCUAGUAACCUACACCCCUGCUACAACUUGCAAAAAAUGUUGUUGACGUUGAUGUAUAUCAAUUAUAUGUACAGAAUAAGAAAUGGAAAGGAAUAAAAAAGAGAGCUCAAUGUGGUUAUGUGUGUUAAAUAUAGAAAAUCAAAUUCAGCACUAUGUGUGGAUUGUGUAAAUCAGGAAUAUUAGAUUAGGGAACUUGUAUCAUGUUCCAGAAAAGUGCAGUGACUAAUUGAAGGACACAUGUCAGAAUAUGUCAUUCUUUAGGUUUCAGGAACCAGAGUGGAAUACAAAAUUUAAAUUACUGUUGGCAAGUAAGGGUGAUUAGAUCAGUGUUAUUAUUAUGACAACCCUAAACAUAGGUUACAGUCUUAAGAAGCUGAAAAGGUGUUUUUUAAGGACAAAAUGUACUUUGCAACUGUUUUUUAUUUUAUCUCUGAAUUCUAACCUGGAGGUUUUUACACUUUCAAUAAUAUGUUAACAAUUAUUUUCUGAAGAGAACCUUUUGGCAAUAUAGAACAUGCAAAGUUGAUGUGAGACAAGUAAGAAAUUACAUAUUACGAACAUUGGCUUAAUAUAUUUAUUUAUGCUUUCUAAUUAUACUGCUGUUCAACAUCAUAAAGAGUCAUUUUCUGUAUAUUGUCAUUAACAUGUAUUCUUCAACUGUCUGAUAUGUUCCAAGUUUGGGAAGAUUCUUAAACCUGCAAUGUCAUGAUGUCAUCAGCUAGCUUUUAACAGUUGUAUCAAAAUGUCAAAGAACAUGGGAGCUGAUUGCUGUGCUAUUUAUGCCUGCAUAGGAAAUGAGAUUCUCAUCUGUUAGUUCAUCAGUUUAUUCUAACCUCUAGCAAUGCAAAUUUUGCAAAAUAAAUACUUUAUUAAUAACA